AUGAAAACCUUAUUGUUUUUAACCUUAAUCAUCAUGAUAGUAGGAAUAUCAAGUGUUUACUCUGAAGUUGCUAGCCGUUGUCCCGCUAUUGGAAUGGCUAUUGGUGAUUGCAUUGAACGUUAUUCAAACUGUGCUACUGACUCUGACUGUAAACCUACUCAAAGAUGUUGUUUUAAUGGUUGUGGUUAUUCAUGUUUUGGAGGAUAA